AUGAUAUGCGACGGGUGCCUGUCCGACCGCGACAAACAGGCCUCGUUGCGGAUCGCCAGCCCGCCCUUUGCCUCCGUGGCCGCGGCACCAGCUCCCGCGCCUGUUGGCGGCCCGAUCGGCGCACUCGUGGACGCCGUGGCGGCGUCGCGCUGCGGCGCCAUCAACCAGCGGCUGGUCGAAGCUUCCGGCAGGGACGCCGUCCUCGCGCUCACCACCGAGUCGGCCAAGCUGAUGAACGCGGUCAACGUGGCGACCGCCAUGCACCGGCUCGCGACGCUCGAGAAGAAGCGGCGGGCGGAGCGGGACGUGCUGCUGCGCGACCCGCGGUUCGAGGCGCUGCUCGACUCGGUGGUCGGCCGGGCCGCCGAGUUCAACGCGCGGCAGACCGCCGACGUGCUCUGGUCGUGCGCCACGCUGCGGCACUGGCCUCCGCUCCUCCUCAAGCCUCUGCUGUUGAGGGUGGUCUACCACCUGGAGAGGGAGCUCUCGCCUCAGAACUGCGCCAACCUGCUCUGGGGCUUUGCGAAGCUGCGCCAGCCGAGCGCGGAGCUGCUGCCCGUGGUUGCUGCGCGGCUGGAGUCGGGGCUGCUCGACGAGUGCAAGCCGGUCGAGGUGUCCGACUUGGCCUACGCCACGGCGGCCAAAGAGCUCCUCGCCGCUCUUGCCACGCGCGCGCUGCCGCACACUUGCCUGCCGCGCUUCUCCUCGCGGCAGCUCGUCACGCUGGAGACCCUCGACGCGUGGCGGCAAGCGAUGCGCGCCGCGGUCGACCAGCGGCCGCUGCAAAAGGCUGACCGGCAGAGCCUCGAGGCGUCGCUCGGCAAGCUGGGCGAGACGUGCCGCGGCGCUUGGAUCCCCGACACAUCGGAGCCUGCCGAGUCAGAGGCGGACGCCGUGAGCGCCGCGUGA